CCAGUUGCUUUUGAUCAUCGACAAGUUCGACUUCGCCUUUCUCUUCUUCUAUAUACACCACAGGCUUGGUUGCAUUUCCUCACAUUCUACGAGAUGAAGUACUCAUUCAGCCUCGUCCUCGCGGCGCUCUCCGUAGGCAGCGUCACAGCCUCGCCUGUUGACCUCGAAGCUCGCCAAACCGGCAGCACAGAUCCCUACAUGGACUCCGGCCUCCCAGGCCACACCAUCUACCUCCCUGCCGGCAACCCGACCAACGGCAAGUACCCCGUCCUCGUCUGGGGCAACGGCGCCUGCAGCACCGACGGCCGCUCCAACAGCGCUCUGCUCCGUAACAUGGCCGCCAACGGCUUCCUCGCCAUCUCCGAGGGUGGCCUCAACGGCGGCGGCUCAUCCACCGCUCAAACCAUGAAGGCAGCCAUCGACUGGAUCACCAAGACCGCAGGCACAGGCCGCUACGCCAACGUAGACGCAAGCCGCAUCAUGGCCGCCGGUUUCUCCUGCGGUGGCGUCCAAGCCGCAGACAACAUCAAUGACCCGCGCGUCGACACAGUCGGAAUCAUCAGUUCGGGACUUCUGUCCAACACCGAUGCCGCGAAGUCGUGGAAGAAGCCCGUUCUCUUUGUUCUUGGUGGAACUGGUGAUAUCGCGUACCAGAACGGCGAGCGCGACUACCGCAACCUCCCUGCCGGCACCCCCUCGUGGAAAGGCAACAUCCCCGUCGGCCACGGCGGCACCCUUGGCGACGCAAACGGCGGCAAGUUCGGUCGCGCAAUCCUUAACUGGGCUAAGUGGACCCUCAAGGGCGACCAGACUGCUGCUCAGUGGUUCAGGAACGGUUACCAGUCUGAUGGAUGGCAAGUUCAGUCUAAGGAUUUGGAUAAGCUUAAGCCUGCUACUAAGUAGAGCUCUACGCUUCCCAGCGGGCGAGUGAAAAAAUCUCGAUGCGGCUGAGUCUUUUCCUUUUUCUCCUUCGCGUUUUCAGGAGAACAAGUAAGAGGGCGCUACAUCGCAUGGAUUGUACAUAUUCUUUUUUCUCGUCUGUACUUUCCCCCUUCUUUCUCUCGGCUUUCAGGCUGGGAAAUCUUCCAAAAUUUAGCAUGAUUAUGUGGUUAUGCGGUUAUGCCUACUGUGUAGAAAGCUACUUCGUGACAAUUGUAUAUAUUCUACUUGUCAAUAUCG